AAAAUAAAAGAGUGGAAAUACUGAUAACAUACACGAGAAAUAUUCAAACAACAAUCUUGUAUCAUUCGCAAAACCAACAACACUCAUUUUCAUUUUAUUUUCAAGCUCAAAGUUCAUUAUAUUUUUAUUGUAAAUAAUUUUAAAAGUUAAUAAAAUAUCAACAAGUGUCUAUUGAUAAAUUUACAAAUAAUCAAAUAAUUAUAUUUAUCUAUCCAAUAAUUAGUUUAAUUUAUAUUCAUAAUUUUAGUUGGUAAAAGUAACAUACUUGAUUGAAAACGUCUUGAAAAAAAAAUAUUGCCAGUAAAUUAAUAUUUUUAUCUUUUCAAAAAUCAAUCAAGUAUAAAUUUAUAAAAAAUAAAAAUAAAAUAAUAUUAUAGUCAAAAAAUGUUUCGCUUGUGUUUAUCACGGUUCAAAGUUCAAAAUUCAUCAAAAAACAAUAUUAAAAUAUUUGCAAAUUAUGUUAAUUGUAUUGGUGAAAAUUUAAAUAAAAAAAAAUAUUCAACACAAUUAAAACACAAAAUACCAGAAAGAAAUCAGAAUAUCAUUGACAAUGAUAAUAUAUUUCAUUCACCCUGGCAAGAUAUUGAUAUACCAGAUGAUGUUCCAUUGCAUGAUUAUGUCUGGAAAAAUGUUGAUAAAUGGUGGCAAAAAACAGCAGUGGUAUGCUCAAUGACUGGAAGAUCAUACAACUACGGACAGCUUCGAGUACUGAGUGGACGUUUUGCAACAUCAUUGAAAAAAUUAAAUCUCAAACCUGGCAAUUCACUUGCAGCUGUUUUGCCAAAUGUUCCAGAAUUUGUUAUAAUUGCAAUGGGGGCCAGUGAAGCAGGAAUUCCAUUGACACUAAUUAAUCCUCUGUACACUGCAAGAGAAAUGAAUCAUCAGUUGGAAAACUCAGAUGCAGGAGCUGUUGUGACUGUCUCAAUGAGAUAUCAAAUUGUUGCUGAUGCUGUAAAUGGAAAAUAUCCAAUUAUUCAUUUAGAUGCUGGAAAUUGUAAUGGACCAACUGGUACAAUUAAUUUUAAGGAUCUCGUUGAUGACAGUGUUGUUGAACUUGAAAAAACUGGAGAAAAAAUUAACAUCAAUGCUGCAAAUGAUAGUGUUAUUUUGCCUUAUUCAAGUGGUACAACUGGAUUGCCAAAAGGAGUUGAACUUACACACAAAAAUUUAGUUGGCAAUUUGACGCAAAUAAAUCAUCCAGCUUUUCAUCUUCUUGAACCAGCCAUUGGAGAAUUUCAAGAUGUAAAUCCAAUAAUUUUACCAAUAUUUCAUUCAUAUGGUUUUUCAAUUCUUUGUAUGGGUUUGAGUUUUGGUUGUAAAUUAAUUUGCAUGCCUAUUUUUACACCUGAUUCAUUUUUGGAAAUUUGUGAAAAAUAUCCAUUGACUGGUCUGUCAGUUGUACCACCAAUAAUUCAACUGAUGACUCUUGAUCCAAGAUUUACUAAAAAACAUUUAAAAAAUUUACAAGCUAUUGUUACUGGUGCAACAUCUUUGAAUAAAGAACUUGCUGAUAAAUUUUUAGAUAAAUUUGGCAAUUCAUUUGCAUUAAUAAAAGGAUAUGGAUUGACAGAAACAUCACCAACAAUAACAUCUGGAAUGAAUAGACCAGAUGAUUCUGUUGGAUUAUUAUUGCCAAAUACAAAAAUAAAAAUAAUUGGACAAGCACAUGAUAAUGCUGGUCAAAGCUUGGGAAUCAAUCAAGUUGGUGAAAUUUUAGUAAAAGGACCACAAGUAAUGAAGGGAUAUUUUAAAAAUCCACAAGGUACUUUGGACACCAUGCAAGAUGACUGGCUAAAAACUGGAGACUUGGGAAAAAUUACUAAUGAUGGAGACUUGCAAAUAGCAGGACGUCUUAAAGAAUUAAUAAAAGUCAAAGGCUUACAAGUGUCACCAAUUGAACUUGAGGAUCUAUUACAUGGUCAUGAUAAAGUUGCUGAUGUUGCUGUUGUUGGUGUACCUCAUGAACGUUUUGGAGAAAUUCCAAAAGCAUUUAUUGUUGCUAAACAAGGAGUACAAAUUACUGAAGAUGAAAUUAAAAAUUAUGUUGCUAAACAAGUUGUUGAUUACAAGCAACUUGGACAAGUUGUAUUUAUUGAUAAAAUACCAAAAAGUGCUGUUGGAAAAAUUUUAAGAAAACAACUUGAAAAUAUGUAGUUUAAUUAUAUAUUUGUUAAAUGAACGAGUAAAUUUAUAUGUAUAUCUUUGUUUCUGUAUUUUUGUUAUUUUAUUUUUGGAAAAAAAAAAAAGAAAGAAAGAAAAUAACUC